AUGUCUGGCUAUUUCGGUGGUUUUUCUCUCAACAAGCUGACUGACACCAUUACGUCAGCAGCCCACAAGACUCAGGACAAAUUGAGCACUGCAAUCGCCAAUAUACAACUCGAUGAUCCACAGGCCAAGCUCUCGUUAAAGGCUCGGAAACACUACUUGCAAGAAACCCUCGGUACCAUCGACGACAUCAGCAAAUUGCCACCCCAAUAUCAGUUCCUCGAAAAGAAAUGCGACUAUUUGGAAAAGGUGUGUAAAAGAAUGCUUGUGGUGACCAAAACUUUCGAAGUCGAAGGGUACGACUACCCUCCAAACUUGACGGAAAGCUUCUCAGAUUGGUGGUCCACCAACAAGGAAGGUAUCUUCAGCUUCAUGGAUUCCAAAAAGAAAACCAAAAAGUCAGAACCAGAAAAGGAAGACCCGGAGGCAUUCUUGCCUCGUUCUUUCGCACAGGCGUUGUCUAAGGCGGCCAAGGACUCUGGAGAGUUACUCAAGGAAUUGGAAACUGAACAAAAGGCGUCAGCCGAGGAAGAAGACGAAGAGGACGAAGACAUCUCCUCUUUAGUCAAGAUGUUUGAUGCCUGGGCCGAUGCUCAAUACAAGAUCGACCUCGGAAAGGCCGAGAUGGACUCUUUGAUGGUCAAAGAGUUCAACCAAAAAUUGAGCAACAUGAUUAAUGACGAUUUCAAGAAAGCCCGUGCCUUACGUAAGAAAGUCGAGGACUCCAGAUUGAAGUUCGACACUAUGCGCUAUGAACUGAAAUUAAGAGAGGAAGAAGCCCAGGCUAAGGCUAAGGCUUCCUUAACUGAAGAGUCUGCUGCUCCAACCGAAUCCAAACAAGCUCAACCCGCCGAAUCACAAUCAGAAAACACAGAAAAGGAAACUGCUGCUGAAAAAACCGCCGCAGAAGAUGCUCCUAGUGCGAAAACUGAAGUUGCACAAGAACCUGCUGAAGAACCCGUACAAGAACCUGCUGAAGAACCUGCGGAAGAGACUGCAGAGACUGCUACUACCGAGGAAACACACGGCUCCGAACCUGAAAAGGCUGUUCUCCCUGAAGACGACCCUGAACAAAAGUUGCUAGAAAAGUUGGAGGAUGAAUUUGUUUCCAACACCACUGAAGCUGUCGAAACCAUGGGUGAAAUCACCGACAGUUCCGAAGUCAUUUCAUUAGUUAAAUUGUUCCAUAAUUUCCAACUGAUUUACCACCGCCAAUGUGUGCGGGACUUGGAAGAUAGCAUGAAGAUACUAAAUGGUUUGGAUGGGGAGGAAAAUUAA